AUGAUUACAUUAGUGGGCAACUUGAAGCUUGGUGGCAAAGAGAUACAUAACAUCAUAAGGGGUUCAGUGGGUUCUGGGACAGAAGUUAGCUUCUGGCAUGAUAUUUGGUAUGGUACGACUACUUUAUGUCAGCGUUGGCCCUGUCUUUUCUCUCUGGAAAAAAAUAAAAGAUGCACGGUUCGGGACAGAUUACAGGAUCGUAAUGGGAUGCUCUCCUUCGUGGACAAUUGGCGUUGCGGUCUUUCUACUGUCGAGGAGUUAUCGGAGUAUAGAGAUUUGCAAGAAAUGGUUCCUAAAUGCUCUUUUUCGGGUGGCAAGGAUAGCUGGGUCUGGAAUGCCGAUUCGAGUAACAGUUUUUCAGUGCAGAAUGUUAAAAAGAUCCUCAUCAAUGACCGUAAUGUUAGGAGAGUCCAUAAUAUGGUUUGGACCGGGUGGGUUCCGUUAAAGGUGAAUAUUCAUGCUUGGAGACUCGAAAUGGAUCGCCUUCCGACCAAGAAAAACCUUCGCAGAAGAAAAAUUAACGUGGGAGAUGGCUCGUGUGUUCUUUGUCGGUCGGUAGAGGAGUCGGCCUUGCACCUUUUCACCGGGUGCAUUGUGUCGAGUGGUGUGUGGCAAGGGAUAGAAAAAUGGUGUCGUUUGGGUCCGAUCUUCCUUUUUGAUAUCAAAGACAUCUUUUCCUUGCCUUCGACGAUUCCAGGUACUAAUACGAAGAAGAAAAUUAUUAGAGGGAUUGUGAUGACGACUUGUUGGGUCAUUUGGAAGUCUCGUAACAAGGCGGUUUUCGAAGAUGCCAAGCCUCGGGUUUGUGAUAUGAUUGCAUGCAUCAAAUCUUGGUCUUAUUUGUGGUUUCAUAGUAGUUCUAAAGUCGAUAACAUUAGUUGGAAGGAUUGGUGUAGAUACCCAAUGUAUAUGUUGUAA